UAUUAGUUUUGUAGACAUAAAAAUAAAUGUAAACUUUUAUUUAUCUUUACCUUUUAUUUGCAGUUGAUUUCAUCUAAGGCUGUGUGGCUGCAAGUCAGUUGUAGUUGUGGUGUUUCUUGUUUUUUCUGUUCGCUAAUGCUCAUUUAUCUCUUAGUCACUUCAGCUUUAAUUUAACACUGGGGAUUUUGCUGUGUAAAAUUUGUAGCUCUAAUGUCAAACAACAACUGUUAGAAGAAUAUAGCUAAUGUUGUGAAAGUGCUAAAUUGAAGUGUGUUACUAAAGAUAAGUCAAGUCAACAAAAGCAAACAAAUCUGAUAGUAGUGCAGGUCACUGGGUGAAGUGUGGAGAUGAUGGCCUUUCUGUUUUCUGUAGAUUUUCCAGGCUCUAUCGACACCUGCUGAAACUACAGACAUGCCCAACAUUCCCUUCAGUUCUCUCUUCUCUUUUGAUGGUGUGAGAGAAUCUGUCCAACAGCUGAGAGACAAAUUGGAGGAUUUCUGCAAAGAGGAGCUCAAGAAGAUCUCUGACAAAGUAACAUUCACCAACAUUGUUCCCUGGACCAGGAAUGACUUCCUACAAUAUUCCCAUCAGCUCACUCUGGAUCUGAACACAGUGAAUAAUUUCCUCCAUUUGUCUAAGAGGAACAGAGUGAUUACUUUCAGUAAAACCUUUCAGCCGUAUCCUGAUCAUCCAGAGAGAUUUGAUAAAGUGUAUCCUCAGGUGUUGUGUAGAGAGAGUGUGUGUGGACGCCGUUACUGGGAGAUUGAGUGGAGUGGAGAUGAUGGUGUGCAUGUAUCAGUGUCAUAUAAGAGCAUCAGCAGGAAGGGAGAGGAAUGUAAGUGCUGGUUUGGACGUAAUGAUCAGUCCUGGAGUUUGUACUGUUCUCCUGACAGAUACUCAUUCAUACACAAUGACAUAGUGACUCAUCUCCCUGUGAAGUCCGUCAGCAGUAGAAUAGGAGUGUAUGUGGAUCACAGUGCAGGAACUCUGUCCUUCUACAGCGUCUCUGACACAACGAGCCUCAUCCACACAGAACAGACCACAUUCUCUCAGCCGCUCUAUCCUGGGUUUAUCGUUUCUAUUGGAUCAUUAGUGAAACUGUGUUGAUGAAUCAGGAUAGAUUGUAGAAAGAUUCUACCUGUAAUGAAAGUUGGGACAUAACAAAAUACAUGCAAAAUCCCCGCUCGGAAUCAAUAUGAGUCCAUUCUCAGAGUGUUAAAAGUAACAUUGAAGCAGUG